AUGAAUGGCGGGGUUAGUCCUUUGCACUUGUUGAAGAGCAAGCAAGAUGGAGAGCAGGCAGUAGCCCAGCUGUGCAAAUGUGUGGCUCUGGCAGUUGCUGGGACAACCAGGAGUGCAGAGGAUGAUGUGAAUGGCCCUAUCUGUCAGAGAGGAGAUGCAGUGAGUGCAAGAGAUGAGGUUGUUGCUAUUUUGGGCAAUGGUGCUUAUGAAAGAGUCGUGGAAUGCAUUAUUAAUCAUGAAGAGAGAAGCAGACAUGUUGCUGUGAAAACAGUCAGAAACGUUGACGGGUUCUCUGAAGCGGCUCGUGCAGAAAUAAGAGUACUGGAACAUUUAAAUGCAUCAGAUCCCAGCAAUACACAGUACACAAAGCCACCUGCACUUUGUUCUGCUUUGAGAUUCCUGUGCCGUCACCUUCUGUAAUAUGCAGCGUCUGUACCUCCUUGUUACGCACCCUCCUGCCGCAACACACGCGUUUUCCUGCUUUUGUACUCAGUGUGCCCAGAUGCUGGAGUGGCUUGAGUACACGGACAUGUCUGCAUUGUUUGAGCUACUGGGGCUCAGCACCU